AAUUGUUGCUUCGCAUCACGCCCCAAAAUAAGCCCCCAUAAACCCCAUAAUCGGAAAGAUUAUGCUUUGCGCCGCGUCGGCUCUGCUGUCCUCCGACGGACGUUGUUUUACUGUCGAUGGAAGGGUACCCGUUCGCCUAUGGUCACGAUGACGUCUCCACUGGUUCGCUGGAGGGAGUCUGUCCUGCUGGGCCGGAGGCCGCCUGGAACUCCGACUUCUGCGGUGAGGCAAAGCGAGACGUCACUUUUUGGAGGCCUUUCACGAGCCAAGUCUCGGAGGUGACUGCCUGGCGGGGCACGGGAGGGUCUGUACGCUCGCUGGCCGCAGCGUCUGUGGGACUCACUCCGUCCGCCAACUCGGCCUUUCGACCGGUCCGGGUGAGGCGCCUGCAGUGCACUUUCUGCGGUGUGCCGUUCCUGAACAACGGACAGCUUGCCGGGCACAUUCGGAUACACACAGGGGACAGACCGUACAAGUGCGGGGCCUGUUCGCGCGCCUUCGCGCGCAACGAGGAACUCACACGCCACCGCCGCAUCCACAGCGGCGACAAGCCGCACGCGUGCGACGUGUGCAAGAAGCGGUUCGGGCGCAAGGACCACCUCAACAAGCACCGCAACACGCACCUCAAGGACUCCGAGAAGAAAGUGUACAUGUGCCGGCAGCCAGGCUGCGGUCACAAGUACACGCGGACGGACGCCCUGACCAGGCACCAGUGGACGGCACACUGUAUCCGCAAGGCGUCUCACGCCGUGGGCUUGGAAUAAUGUGCCAAGAUUUGAGAGCGACUGCAGCUGUUCCAUCAUCUGUGAUGUGGUUUAUCGUAAGCGUAUGCCGUGUAAGCUGAGACGAGGUGGCGAAAUAUAUUACAGGCCUUACUAUCGUCACUGGCAGGGAUAGAACAGCGAUCAUGUCGACCACUUAGUUGCCCCCGCAUCCAGCGCGAGCAUCUACCUUCUGCUAUGCUUCCCCGUAUUGUGAGCCUGGAAUUUGCACGCUCAUUGGAAGGACAUUGGAGGGAUUGUGCGCGCGCCAGAGGCUGAACUUUGGAUUAUGGACGUGUUCUUUUUCCUGUCGUUCUCAGUCACGUGGGCUCGGUGUCUGGUAUGCGGGACGAACAAAUAAUAAAAUUUUCAAUUUGGAAUAUGGGAAAAAAAUUUAAAUAGAGGUGAAGCAAAACAA